UCAAACAUGUCUCCUUACGCCGUGUUGGUCCUCUGCAUCCAGAUUUGUCUGAUCCAAUCCGUGUUCAGCCAGAGCUACGGCUGUUGCGGCUCUAGCUCCGGUUCUUACGGCAUCAGCAGCGGCUCCUACGGCGGCGGCUGCGGCUCAUACGGCGGGCAGGGCUGCGGGCAGGUGGGCGUGGACGGCAUCAUCCAAGCGUGCGGCAACACCUGCGUCCAGGGCUCCGUGCCUGUAAUCGGCGAGGUCUGCUUCGACGGCUGCGUGGAUGCUUGCGGAUCCGUCUCGGUCUGCGGACAGUGCUGCGGAUGCGGAUGCAACUAAAUAGGUGUACCGUUAUAAAACACAACUACUUAAACAUAAGGCCGUCAAGGACAGCUUGCGCUCUCACGCACGAGUCCAUGGCGCGAUGAAGAAUGGACUCUAGCGCGAUAGCACAAGUUGUGCUAAACCGUAAGGAAUAAAGUGAAAGCAUGACAGCUAAA